GCAUUUAUGCCCUUGACAUUGUUUGGUUUUACAUUCAAGUUCUCGGAUUGACAGUUUGGUACUAAAACUAGCAGAUUUUUCUCUACAUUCUAAGUUGAUUCUUAUGCAUUAAACAAUAUAUAUAUUUUCUUUCUAUGCACUCUUAUCAGCACUCAUCACCAAUAAGCAAGAGUUGUCAACAGAUCGUUCUUCUUUUUUUGUAAGAGGAGCAGCGAGCCAUGGCAGAAAAUUCUCUUGCACUUGAUGGUUCCUGGCUGCGCAGACCUCCAAUACUUGACCAUUUUCAAGAAACUAUGACCCGAUUGCGGGGUCAAAGGACUUCAAAAACCACUUCCCUUACCUUCAUCUUCCUCUGUUUUGGGGUCCUCCUUUCUGUCAGAUGGUGCUUUCAACAGGCCUACAUGAAAGGUUCUGCUUCCCUUGAAGUGAUUCCAGCGACAAAAGGUCACAGGGAGACCCUGAAGAAAAACAGAGUCCAAUUAAAGUGCCCGGUUGGGGACAAGUUGCCUACCUGCCUGAAGAAUUACACGGCCCGGUCGGGGAUCGGGGAUUCGCCGUGGCGGGAGGAGGAGUGCCCGGGAUACUUCCGGUGGAUCCAUGAAGAUCUGAAGCCAUGGAAGGGUGGUGGAAUCAGCAGGGAAGUGGUGGAGAGUGCCAAAGAUGGUGCAAGUUUUAGACUAGUUAUAGUUGGGGGAAGAGCGUACAUAGAGAAGUACCAUGAUGCUUUUCAAACUAGGGAUGUUUUCACAAUAUGGGGGAUUUUACAGCUUCUAAGAUUGUACCCUGGAAGGCUACCAGACUUGGAUUUGAUGUUUAGGUGUGGUGACACUCAAGUGGUCAAGAAAAGUGAUUACAAUGGUUCAAAUGCCAAACCACCACCACCUAUGUUCGGCUACUGCAGAAACGAUGAGACACUCACCAUUGUGUUCCCUGAUUGGUCCUUCUGGGGUUGGCCUGAGAUUCACAUAAAACCGUGGGAGUCCUUGAUUGAAGAAUUGGAAGAGGGAAACAAGAAAUCGAUGUGGAUAGAGAGGGAGCCGUAUGCUUAUUGGAAAGGGAACAUAUAUACAAAUGCUCAAAGAGAAAGGCUUUUACAGUGUCAUCCAACAGACAAGCAAGAUUGGAAUGUUCGAAUAUAUAACGUGGAUUGGCAACAUGCACAUCAUCAAGGAUACAAGGACACAAAUUUAGCUGCUCAGUGCGCUCAUAGGUAUAAGAUAUAUGUGGAAGGAGUCACAUGGUCGGUCAGUAAAAAGUAUAUUCUAGCCUGCGAUUCUUUGUCUCUAUUUAUGAAGCCCUAUUACUAUGAUUUUUUCUCAAGAACUUUACUGCCUUUGAUCCACUACUGGCCCAUAAAUGAGAGAGAUGAAUGCAAAUCUCUUAAAUUUGCAGUUGACUGGGGCAACAAUCAUAUACGCAAGGCUCAAGAGAUUGGAAGAUCAGGCAGCAAUUUCAUUCAAGAGAAACUAAAGAUGAUUUAUGUAUAUGACUACAUGUUUCAUUUAUUAAAUGAAUAUGCAAAGCUAUUGAAAUACAAGCCAACUGUGCCUCCAGGAGCUGUUGAAGUGUGUUUAGAAACAAUGGCUUGCACAAGGAAAGUAAAUUUGGAGAAGAUGUAUAUGGUGGAAUCCAUGGUCGAGGGUCCUGCAGAUGCAGCACCAUGCAACCUUCCACCCCCUUAUGAUGCUCUAGAUCUUCGAUCUUUUCUUAAAAGAAAAGAAGCUUUGAUAAAGCAAGUGGAGGUUUGGGAAGAAAUUGGAAAUAUUGGAGAGGAGAUCUUUUAUAAACCUAAAUAAUAUUAAAAUUAAAUCUUCUUAAUUAGUAUUUGGGAACAUAAAUUUUAGAAUUAGAAUUUGGAUUUAUGUAACUUUAAAAGAAAUUCAAUCCAAUCUAUUCUACAUUUUUGUCUAAA